AUACCCCUCAGGAAGAAAUUCCCACGGUAGAUUCAAAAGUGAUGCACGAUAUAAAAGCAGUUAACAGGUAUCCUGAAAAUUCAUAUGAGGAUGCGCAUCGGAUAUGUUUAGAAAUUUUGGAAGAGUUCGAAAAAACCGUUCCCUCAGGGAACGAUCAGAGUCAUGUGAUUUCAGUUAAACCAGAUCUCGAAGUAUCCAUGAAGCAAGAUGAUGAGCAGGAAUCGCUAGAUAAAAAUCAAAUCAUAGAAUAG